AAAUAGACACACAGUCACACUCUUUGUCUUUGUUUAUUUCUGAACCUAUCUCGGGCUCGGUUUCUUCGGUACUGUAAUCACCACACCACCGAACUCCGACGACAAAGAUCUAGACGUUCAUGAUGAUGAAGAUGAACGCGGCGGCGAACGGCAUCGUUUUCGAGGCGGAAGAUACUCGCUUCGGUACGCCAUGGUGGUUCGUCUACGCCGGAAUUUCUUGCUUUCUGGUCCUCUUCGCAGGUAUCAUGUCGGGCCUCACUUUGGGUCUCAUGUCAUUGGGCCUCGUUGACCUCGAAAUCCUCCAACGUAGUGGCACUGUUACCGAGAAAAAACAGGCUGCGGUUAUUUUACCGGUGGUGCAAAAGCAGCACCAGUUGCUGGUUACUUUGCUGCUGGGUAAUGCUUGUGCUAUGGAGGCCCUUCCUAUAUAUCUGGAUAAAAUUUUUCAUCCAUUUGUUGCCGUUUUGCUGUCUGUAACUUUUGUUCUGGCUUUUGGAGAGAUUAUUCCACAAGCCAUAUGCUCAAGAUAUGGACUCGCAGUUGGUGCAAACUUAGUGUGGCUUGUGCGUAUUCUAAUGAUCAUCUGUUAUCCAAUUGCUUACCCAAUUGGAAAGGUUCUGGAUGCCGUACUUGGACAUAAUGAUGCGCUGUUUAGACGAGCUCAAUUGAAAGCCCUUGUCUCUAUCCAUGGCCAGGAGGCUGGUAAGGGGGGUGAACUCACACAUGAUGAGACAACAAUUAUCAGUGGAGCACUGGAUUUGACUGAAAAGACUGCAAAGGAGGCUAUGACACCCAUCGAAUCAACAUUUUCCUUGGAUGUCAAUUCGAAAUUGGACUGGGAAGCAAUUGGAAAAAUUCUUGCACGAGGUCAUAGUCGUGUCCCUGUCUAUUCUGGAAAUCCCAAAAACGUUAUUGGUCUCUUACUGGUGAAAAGUCUUCUCACAGUACGAGCAGAAACAGAAACUCCAGUCAGUGCUGUUUCCAUUCGGAGAAUUCCUAGGGUUCCAUCAGACAUGCCUUUGUAUGAUAUCCUCAAUGAGUUUCAGAAAGGAAGCAGUCAUAUGGCAGCUGUUGUGAAGGUUAAAGGAAAGAGCAAGAACCCUCGGCCCCAAGGGGAGAAAUUUGAGGAAGAAAAAGUAGCUAAUGGGAAUUCUCAAGUAACUGUCCCCUUCCUAACCAACCGUGAUGAUAAAUCAGAAAGUGUUGUCGUUGACAUUGAGAAACCUCCAAGGCCUAUUACAAACAAGCAAAAUGUUCAUAAAAAUGGUGCUGUCACAAGCAGCUUGCUAUCUUUGUCUGAGGAUAUUGAAGAUGGGGAAGUCAUUGGUAUCAUCACCCUGGAGGAUGUUUUUGAAGAGCUUCUGCAAGAGGAAAUUGUAGAUGAGACAGAUGUGUAUGUUGAUGUACAUAAAAGGAUACGUGUGGCUGCUGCAGCAGCUGCAGCUGCUUCGUCUUUUACACGCCCUCCAUCAUAUCGGAGGCUGACUGGUCAAAAGCCUGCAGGAGGUCAAAGUAAGCAAGGACAAGCCCUGAAGAAGUUUGGGGAGGAUGAUUCAAAUCCAAUGAAGUUUUCAGAGAGUCCAAAGGAACCUCUUCUGGGAAACAAGAGAUAGUUUGAGAAUUUUGCUUGCAACAAAUGGCCUUCGAAGUUGGAGGUUAUUGUUUCUGUAUUACACCAACCAAUGUAGUUUGCAAAUAUUUAUAGAUUUUAGGUUUGUUUUUUGGGGUGUGUGUGUUUCAUGUGUGAUAUAUGUCACAUACUGAAAGUAGUUUUGUUUGUAUGUGAAAUUUUGGUCUAGAUAAAUUGGCAGGCUUUACAAGGUUAUGGCAAAGGGCCGUUGUGGUAGGACAAUCAUCAUGAAAGAAAAAGGCUUGUUCCUUUCUACUAUACUAUUCAACUUAUUUCCAGAUGCUAUCUAAAUGAAACAGAACUUUUUGAUUUUCUUAACAUUGGGAUGUAAAAGACUCUGGAAGUUUCUCUUUCAGAAAUGCUACUAACCCGUGAGAUAAACAAGCUUGACUUAGGACGUG